AAGAAAUCAAGAUCAUAUUAGAUGCUAUAUAACCAAAGUUUCAGCCAGUUAUUUUGACCAGGAUAUUAUAUUUUAUAUUGAUAUUUUAUUUCAUUUAUAUAUAUUAAUUUUAGAUGUUAUUUAAGGAUAUUUAUUUUUUGAUGACACAAUGUAUUCCAGACCAACACUGUGGUCAGUCAAGUUGUUCUGUUGUUAAUGAGUGCUUUGAAAAGUUGGUAAAGUUGAUUGUUGUUGCGUUGAUGAAGUUGUUGAGACUCUCAAAGGUGUUCAAGCUACAAAAUCGCAGCAGUGACAAAAGGGAAAUUAAACAGUUAAAGGAUUGGUUUCGGUAGUAAACCCAGGCUGAUGAGUGGAGAAAAAUGUUUUAUUUUGAAAGCGUUAGUCGGAAACGAGCCUCCCGCGCGUCUGGGUCCUCGGAUCUCUGUGCUCCGGACAACGGGGUGCAUGGCGGAAACAUGGCCGCCGUGGAAACGUCGGAGGCUCCCAAACGACACACAAAUCCCGGGGAGGAUGUGGAGACAUGUGGGGGCAAGAUGCAGGCGGUGGAGCCGACGUGUGGGAUGAAGCAGAAAGACGAAACAACAUGGAAUAAUAACACUGAGAGCUCCACUCGUGAGCCCAGAGACUGUGUCGGCAGCGAUGGCGGGUGUGUUGCCAGACAUUCUGGGGCUGGUGCUGAGUCUGGUGCUGAGUCCGGUGCUGAGUCCGGUGCUGGACCCGACAAACCGACAUUUGAUUCACCAGAGGAGCCAGUGACGGCUGGAAAAAUGGCCGAGUUGACUGGCACCGAGCAGCGUGCUUCCAGUGGGUCCUGUGCUAACGAGGCGAUAUCACAACAGGAGGAAAAUGCUAAAGAUGUCGGCAACAUUAAAGAGAAUUUAAAUAAAGUGCAGCAUGAGGACGACAUACCAGAUGUGAAGGAGGAAGAGGAAGCAGAGUUGUACGAAGACGAUAGCUCCUCAAUAGUCACAGAUAAGGACCAUUCUGAUGAGCAUGUAGCAGAAGCUGAGAACCCGGAGGACUGGGCUGUAGAGGACGAGGAGGACGAGGAGGACAUUGAUUUAACUGAUGAACAAAAAAAUGUCCUCUUCAUUUGCCAGGUCUGCGGGAAGAGUUUCACGCGCCGUGAGAUGUUCGACCUUCAUUGCCACUUACAUCCACAAAAGGAUGACCUCACGCCACUCACCUGUGAAGAAUGCGGCCUUACCUUUCAGCACCGGAGUGGCCUCGUUAAACACAAAAACGAACAUAAGCAGAAGGAGGAGGUGCUCCUUGUUCCAAAGAAGGAGAUGCAAACGAAAGAUGAGAGCAACUUUGAAUGUGCCGAAUGUGGGCGUUUGUUCCUUACGGUGUUCAAACUGAGGGAACAUAACUGCACCAAUGCAGCUGAAAAGCCUUACCACUGCCCCCUGUGUCGUCAGGACUUCCAAUUUAAAGUGUCUGUCACUAAGCACAUGAUGACCCAUUCCCAAGACAAGAUGUUUACAUGCCAGGAGUGCAAUCAAAUAUUUCCAAACAUCGCAACCCUGCGCUGUCACCAGCGAAGUCACGGCGCCCUCAAGCCCUACGAAUGCCCGGAGUGCGGCAUGGUUUUCAAACAUCACUCCGUCAUGGAGGACCACCGCCGCAGACACACAGACAACACACGUUCUUUCCUCUGCAACAUCUGCGGUAAAUCCUUCAAAUACAGCAGCCUGUUCCAGCAGCAUCAGUUUCUUCACACAGGUCAGAAGCCCUUCCAGUGUCCACAGUGUGGUAAAAGGUUUGCUUUCGCCCAGAACAUGAAGGCACACUGUCGUCAGCACCGGCACAAGAAAACCAACUCUUCCAAUGAGGAGCAGCCCGUCAAACAGUCUUCUCCACCUGUAGAGGACACAGUCAAAGAGGUAGAAAAAGAAAAUUCCCACCAGAGGGAGGACCAGAAACACAGGUUCAGAUGUCCAUUUUGUUCCCAGAGCUACUCCGUACCAUCUGACCUAAAAACUCACAUGCUCAUUCAUGAGAAUGAGUAUGAAACACUGGACAGAUUAUCCAAAACAAAGGAAGAAAAGAACUGGACAAAGGGACACACUUGUUCACACUGCCCUUCCGUUUUUCGUGAUGAAUCUAGUUUAAGAAUACAUAUUUUAAGUGUACACAAGACUCAAGCACAAUGUUUUGAAAAAUUGGCCUCGUCACCCAAAAAACAACAAAAUUUGCCCAGUAGUGAUUUUGUUCAAGGGAAGGGUGUGAGGGAUGUUUUCGGUGUUAGUCAUAACAAGUCGUAUCGGUGUUCCGAGUGUGGAAAGACUUUCCGCCAUCGCUCGGUGUUAGACCUGCAUAUGCGCAUACAUUCCAAGGACAAGCCUUAUCAGUGUAAAGAGUGUGGCAAGUCAUUUAGAUUCAACAGCUAUUUGCAGCAACACGUCAUCAUUCAUACAGGCCAGAAGCCCUACAAAUGUUCUGACUGUGGCAAAGAGUUUGCCUUUCUGCAGAACAUGAGAACCCAUCAGAGGCUUCAUCAGGAGAAACCUUUCCGUUGCACCUGCUGCCGCAAAGGCUACAGCGACGAGACCCAACUGCAGCAGCAUAUGCUUUCACACAACGGUGACAAACCUCACAAGUGUACCCUUUGUGACAAGAGCUUCGGGUUGGCCUACUUGCUCCGAGAUCACAUGAACACGCACACGGGUGAGAGACCUCAUCGCUGCGAGGAAUGUAACAAAACGUUUUCCUGGUUUAGUAGCUUGUUGGUGCACCAGAAAAUCCAUGCUCGUAAGCGCCAAACUUACAGUCAUUAUGAUUCUUUGGGCUCUAGAUUGAGAGGCAGAGGGGGAAGCAGUGUGAAGAAAGGAGACAGAUCAGACUGGGACCGGUCCAGACCAUUAGUAAACUCUGGGGUGGAUAACUCUCAGUCACAUCCAUGUUUAGUUUCUUCAUUAAAAGACCAGGAGAUGCAUAGGAAUACUGUAAAUCAGCGAUCGUCUACUCGCUCGCCACACGUGGAUUUGCAAAGCAGGCAGCAGAAGGACCGAGGCAUGUCUGAGGUUAAUCCUCAGCCGGUGCAGUGGAAGGUUGAUAGGGGAGAACUAAGGCCUGUUUCAACUACGAAGGAGCAGCAACAUGCAGCUCCACAGGUAGACACCAUAUCACAGGUCGGUCAACAGCAGCACCUCCAGAGAGGUCCAGCCUGGGCCGAUAGCUCCAAGUCUUCCCAUGCCACAGAGAGUGCUGAGUCAACUGUCGGCACUCUCCAGACGCCCACUACAAAAACAUCCAGUCUGUUAGCAGUGAAUGACCCAGAGCAGCAGAGGCAUCUGCAGCCCAAGUUGAUAAACUGGACCAACGCACCUCCACCUACAAUGCUGCCCGUCUCAAGCUCUCUGCAACAUGAUUUUUCAGUUCCCUCCUACACGGAUGGGGCAGCUCUGUGGAGCGUUAGACCCUCUCCAGUACCAAAUCAACAAAAGUCUCCAAACAAGCUGGGUCAAGAGCAUCAAGUGGCAAGAUUGACAGGUGCCCCAGUGUCAACACUAAAAGAACCAACCACACCUAAAAAUGAGGAGAGUAUGAUGUGGGACACUAGUUCUGUUAAUCAGCCAGAGAAGCUGGUCUUGGGCUUGGCAGGUGCAUCAACUUCAGCUCAAAUAGACCAAAGCAGUGCUAUACCAAGUUCAGCUCCUCUCACUCUCGGGGCUGGCAGCUCUGUAUGGGACAUAAAAACACCACAAGGAAUUCCAAAGACUAACAUUUCCCCAGAAGGUGUAGUUAAUCAUGAUGUCCAGGUGCAUCAGAAACAAGCCUCACCGUCACCCGGUUGGGUUAACUUAUCCGCUCAGACAUCCACACCAAAGGUUUCCAUCUCCACUCCAUACGAGCCUCACUGUUUUGGCCAGGGGUUAGGAACUUCAGUAUGGGGCUUCCAAAGUAACCCUGUAGGUCAGACGGUGCUCACAGGACAACUCAAAGCAGGGAAUGGAGCAGAGUUACAGCAACAACACUUGGUAACAGGCACUCAGCUGAUCAUAAAUCAGCCUUCUCCCUUUUUACCUCCACUUACCCCAAUCCCUCCUCUUGCACUGCCCGGACCACACCCUCUUCAUUCUGUCACAGUAGGUACACUUCCCAGACCCCCACACACAAAUAUUUUUUUCACGCCACAGGCGGUCAUGGGCGAGAGACCACAUGUACCACAGUCGCUGCUUGCCCCACAGACUGAACCCCACAAACUCGGACCUCGUUUGCCUUUUACCCCAGAACGACUUCUGCAGUGCAUGAUAUGUGGUUGCUCAUUCCCUCGGGAACUGGAUCUACAAAUGCAUUACUUGCAACAUGCACAAGGAGAGAUUUGAAAUACUCUCAUAAACAUGACUUUAUCAAUUAAGUGAUGACAUGUAAUUCCUUUUGUGUUUUGAUUUGAACUUCAUUUAUUUGACCCCAGUUUGAGUGGUUGAAUGAAUGGGCAUGACAACUUUAGCCAGCACAGUCAAACAAUCUCUGAAUUUAAUUUAUCCAUUAAAUUUAACAUGCAGAAGAGUGGUUUUCUAUAAGUGUACACAAAACAUGACACUAAAUCUGAGUAUAUGCAUUUUUCCCAAGGGUAAAAAAUGAAUGGGGUUUCAGUGGACAUUUCAUAUAUUGCCAAUGACCUUUAGAUUUAGACAAUAUUUACUGUACUUUUAUACUUCUUAGCCUAUGUCCUGAACUGUGUUUCUUCAUGUACAGUAUAUGUACUGUGUGCCUUUAUUGAGUACAGUCUGCAUGUCUGCUGUCUUGGUUUUUAGGCCUAGUUUUUGCUCAAACGUAGGCUUAACUCUGUGACCUCACUUCAGAAACAAAGAGCUCUUUUAAUGCUGUAAAAAAGUUUAAGGGCAGAACUGUUUUACAUGUGUCAGACAAUAUAUUGAAAGCAUACCGUGCACAGUAUAAUACUGCUGGGAAGCAUGUGUAGUCACUGGAAGGGUCAACACAAUGUGUAAUUAAAGCUCUACUUACAAUAGCAUAAUGUUACAGGUAUACCGUAUGUGGGGUUAGUCUGAUGAUGCAUUUCUACAUCAUUUGUUUCCUGAAACUUGUCAAAUAAUACAUUUAUACGUAAUAAAAUUUGGAUUCAUGACAGACAUAAACGUAAUCUGUAAUUCAUUGUGCCGGAAUAAAUCCGUAGACAAACAUGGUGUUAACUCCAUUGGACUUUGCACAAAAAUGUUUCUUUCUUCAUCUAACUAUAUUGAUAUUAUUUUAACAUUCACUUGUGAAAACAAUGUAUUAUUUGUGAAUACCAAUUGAUUUGGUUACAUAAACAUAGAUUUAGAUCAGUACAUGAUCCAAUCACCUUUCUUAUAUAUAUAAAAAUGCUUUGGUUCCAUUUCAAGUGAUGGAAACUCUUCAUUUGUACUGUAAGAUAAACACAAGGUCCAUUUUGUUUUGGUUUUUUGUGUGUUCAAAGUCCAGAGUCUUAAACUAUAAUGUGUGCCCUUCUACCUCUAGCCACUGUUUUAGCAUGGAUAGAAUUAGAAACCUCCCCAUUUUACAUGUUGAAUUCAAUAAAUCUUGCCUUUGGAUA